AAAAACUUAUAGAAAAUAAUAUCUGACAUGGGAGAAUCUACUAAAUCGCCAUCAUCUGCCUCGAAAUAUUAUGGAAUUUUAGAAAUUCCAAAAUCAGCAUCCCUCAAAGAUAUUUGCAAAGCGUACAAACAUCUUGUUAAGAAAUGGCAUCCUGAUAGAAAUAAAUCCAAUCAAGCUGAAGCUGUAGACAAGUUUCGAUCCAUCAAUGAAGCUUAUAGGGUUCUUAGCAAGAAAAAGAGAGAGGAAGCAGACUUAUUUAAAAGUGAUGCAGCAAAAACACCUAAAAAAAACUCAAGAGAUGAGGAGGAGGAUGAGUUACAAAUUUCAAGUCCCACACUCCUUUCAAGAACAACGAGUCGAAUCAGCCCAACAGUAGAUUUUUACACGUCCAUGCCAGCAUGUUUUACGAUGAGUGGAACCAACACUCCCACAACCCCUGGCACCCCUGUAUCAGAUCAACCUCCAAAUUACCUUUCCAAAGUUGCGAGCAAGCCCAUCAUUUUUUCUCAGUCUACUUCUCGGAGAAAGCCUCAACCAAUUGAGAAGAAAUUGGAAUGUACACUUGAGGAAUUGUGCAAUGGAUGCGUCAAGAAGGUCAUAAUAACAAGAGAUGUCGUUGCAACAACAGGGCUAAUUGUUAAAGAGGAAGAAGUCGUAACGAUAAUGGUGAAGCCAGGAUGGAAGAGAGGAACAAAAAUUACUUUUGAAGGUAAAGGGGAUGAGAGAGCAGGAGAUAUAAUAUUCUCAAUUGAUGAGAAAACACAUCCACUAUACAAAAGAGAAGGAGAUGACUUACUUCUUGGAGUUGAAGUCCCUCUAGUACAAGCUCUCACAGGGUGUACAAUCACUGUACCUCUUUUGGCCGGAGACGAAGUAAUGACUAUGUCAUUUGAUGAUGAAAUCAUUCAUCCAGGAUUUGAGAAAAUCAUACCAGGCCAAGGCAUGCCUAAACCUAAACAGGAAAGUACAAAUAGAGGAGACCUUGUACUUCAGUUUCUUAUCCAAUUUCCUUUAGAAUUGAGUGAGGAACAAAAGUCUGAGGCUGUUAGUAUACUUGAGAAUCAUUCAUAGUUUUCGGGUUCUUCUUUAUAAUUAUGUA